AGAAGGACUUGCGCGCGACGGUUCUCAUCGCUGCUAUGGAGGCGCUGACCAUGGGUGUCCGGGCGCUGCGGCUCUGGCGGGUCGCAUCCGGUUUGGGGAUCAGCUGGAGAUUUAUAGCAACAUCUCCAGCUUCUCAGCUGUCGCCGACAGAAUUGACAGAAAUGCGGAAUGACCUCUUUAAUAAAGAGAAAGCCAGGCAGUUAUCAUUAACUCCCCGAACUGAGAAGAUAGAAGUUAAGCAUGUUGGGAAAACUGACCCCGGUACUGUCUUCGUGAUGAAUAAAAACAUUUCAACUCCCUACAGUUGUGCCAUGCAUUUAAGUGAGUGGUACUGCAGGAAGUCCAUUCUGGCUCUGGUGGAUGGACAGCCUUGGGACAUGUAUAAGCCUUUAACAAAGUCGUGUGAAAUUAAAUUUCUUACUUUCAAAGAUCGUGAUCCAGGAGAAGUGAAUAAGGCUUAUUGGCGUUCCUGUGCUAUGAUGAUGGGUUGUGUGAUAGAGAGGGCAUUCAAAGAUGAAUAUAUGGUCAAUUUGGUCAGAGCUCCGGAAGUUCCUGUAAUUUCUGGUGCCUUCUGUUACGACGUAGUUUUGGAUAGCAAACUUGAUGAGUGGAUGCCAACAAAAGAGAACUUACGUUCUUUCACAAAGGAUGCUCAUGCUUUAAUUUAUAAAGAUCUUCCAUUUGAAACUCUAGAAGUUGAAGCAAAAGUGGCAUUGGAAAUAUUUCAACACAACAAGUAUAAAAUAGAUUUCAUAGAAGAGAAGGCAUCUCAGAACCCUGAGAGAAUAGUCAAGCUACACAGAAUAGGUGACUUCAUUGAUGUGAGUGAGGGCCCUCUUAUUCCAAGAACAAGUAUUUGUUUCCAGUAUGACGUGUCAGCAGUUCACAAUCUUCAACCCACCCAGCCAAGUCUCAUACGAAGAUUCCAGGGUGUGUCUUUACCCAUUCACUUAAGAGCACAUUUUACGAUAUGGGAUAAGCUAUUGGAAAGAUCUCGGAAAAUGGUAAUUUUUCUUUCUGGACUCCAUUUCCCAUUCUCUUUCUGUCUAUUUACCACACAGUCGUUCUUCACUACCUCGCCCGAGUCAUACCUCCUCCGUGGAACAGUCUCAGAGUAAUCUCUAACAAAUAAUUACUCAUUCAUAUAAGUUUGUGCUUGAUUGUAUACAUCCACAUACUGUAUUUUGAUUGUUUUCUUUGCCUGUACAGUUAUCUUCUACCAAGCCUUUCAGGAUUUGUUUUAUUUGUGUAAGCCCAAAGUUUGAACACAACAUUAGCACAUGAACGGGUUACCCAAGAAAUAUUUAUUGACAGUUUUUCAUAAUGAUAUAUAAACCUAGUUUUAUUAAUGACUGUACAGAUAGGAAUUAUUGUUUACGGACUUCAUCAUAAUGUUCUUGGGUAAGGGGUAUAUAAAUUUUUUUUCUAAGGAGAAGAAAUUAUCUUUGAAUGGAGAGAGUAAUUUUCUCUUUUUAGUUGGUCACAGUGAUCAUUUUAGAUUAAGAAACUAAAGAAGAAAUGUUCAGCAUGUUUACUUGGAGUUAAGUAAAAUUAAAAACAAUUUAAAAAAGAAACAAAAGAAAUGAAUAUUAAAUAAAUAGUU